AUGCACCGGGGCAACCCCGCCGCACCCAUUCACCUCACUGAGUUCGCCGACUACCAAUGCCCGGACUGCGGCGUGUCGUACCCGGUGGUGGAGAAGGUGUUGCAGCACUACGGACCGGACAAGAUCUACUACACGCUCCACGUCUUCCCCCUGUGGCUCCAUCGCCAGGCCUUCAUUCUCGCCGAGGCCGCGGGCGUCGUCGCCCUCAACGCCCCUGAACACUACUGGGAAGCUGCGCAGUUUCUGUUCGCCAACCAGGCGCAGUUCUUCAACAGCGCCUACAGGAACAAGACCGCCAAUGAUCUGUAUGCCCACUUGGCCGGUUGGAUGCCCAAGUUUGGUGUCAGCCCUGCCACCUUCUACACGCAGAUCGACAGCGAUGCGGUGUUUGCGCAUGUGGACGCGGACAUUCAUCAGGCGCUGAUCCACCAGAUCUAUGGCACGCCCACAUUCGUGAUCAACGGCUUCAAGGCGGAGAACCUCGACCAGACCACCACCUUCGCCCAGUGGAUCACCUACCUCGACGCCCUCCUCCAACCCGCCACCCUUUCCGCCUGA